AUGCAGGAUUGCAAAUGGCCAGCUUCCAAUAUUGAUCUCGGCACAGGAGAAUGGUUCUUGCCCCACUUACUUUCCGAUCAACAUGAUAUUAGGGUGCGAAUCACCUACGAUGAGGCUGCUUCGAAGUCAAUUUUUCAGGAUUUUAGGGCAGUUGAGGGUCGAAAAACAGCUCUGUCGCAGCCACCUCUACCUAUCAUUCAAUUCUUGGAGCAGUUUUAUGACGUGUCAUUGCGAUGGCCAGAACACUUUGCGAGUCUUCCAGAGAAAAUGAUUGGAAGAGCCGCACAAUACCAAGCAGAUUUGAUUAGUCAAAAUCCUGGAGACUUUCGGGACGAGACCAUCCCAAUAGCACUGGCUCUACGCUGCUUAGUCCUGACACACGAAAUGUUUUUGUUCGAUUAUACUUUCCUUAGUCACGAGCUUCUGGAAAAGAAGGGUUAUCAAAAGUCCGAAGAAUCAUAUAUCGAAGAUCCGAGUGUAGAAUGUCAUCGUCUUCUACGUGGAACAGAUACCAACUCACUUCUGACGCCGAAGUGUAGUGAGAAGCUCUCUUCAAUGAUUGGAGACCUGGUGCAAGCUCUGUCGAAUAUCAUGUCGCAGAAUCGCGUGCAGGACCAACCCUUGGUUUUUUGUACUCUUCUCGUUUUCAAGAUAUUCGAAGAGAAUAUCUGGUUUAAUCGUAAGAGUCGCCGCCUCAGACUUGCUACCAGGUUGAUGGAGAACACCUUUUUCAAUCUUUGUCGAUCUUACGAGGUGUAUUCCGAAGGCUUCAAUCCCUUAUCACCAGGAUGGAAUCAGGAAGAGUGGAAACAAUUGAUGGACGGCGAUACUCUCCGUAUCGCUUGCUUUUCUGAAAUGCACGAAGAUUGGCGGGAUUUUCGGCUAUGGAUACAAUUUCCAGAGCAGCAUGAUAACCUCGAAAGACGGAUCGAAACAUUUGUCACACCUGCUUGA